AUGUCUAUUAAUCCAACUGCAAUCGCUGUACCACAACCAUCUACUACAAGAGGUAUAUCCACUCAUUUAUCUUUAGAUGCUUUGAAUCAAAGAUUAGCUUAUUGUAAUGGUAAAUCAAUUAUAAUUAGACCAAUUGAUUUUAAUUCAAAUCAACCAGUUAUUGUAUUUAAUAAACAUUUGUUCACAACUACGGCUGUUAAAUUCUCACCUUCUGGUUACUAUAUUGCUUCUGGUGAUGAAUCAGGAAAUGUUAAAAUAUGGGAUGUAUCACCAACAACCAAUACUAUAUUUGAUCAGCCAAUUAUUAAAUCUGAAUUUCAAAUUAUUUCGGGUCCAAUUAAAUCAAUUGCUUGGGAUAAUGAUUCUCAAAGAAUUAUUGCAGUUGGUGAUGGUAAAGAAAAAUUUGGUCAUGCUUUCUCAUGGGAUACUGGUAAUUCAAUUGGUGAUAUUCAAGGUCAUUCAUCAAGUAUUAAUUCUGUUGAUAUUAAAUUACAAAGACCAAUUAGAGCAGCUACAGUAAGUGAUGAUUAUGCAAUGAUUUUUUAUACUGGUCCUCCAUUUAAAUUUGAUAAAAGUUUAAGAGGAAAUCAUAGUAAUAUAAUUAGAGAUGUCAAAUUUAGUCCCAAUGGUGAAUAUUUAGUUUCUGUUGGGUCAGAUAGAAUUAUUUGUUUAUAUAAUGGUAAAACUGGUGAAUUUAUUAAAAAAAAUGAAAAUUCUCAUGAUGGUGGUAUAUUUGCAGUUUCAUGGACAACUGAUUCAGAAUACUUCAUAACUGCGUCAGCUGAUAAUACACUUAAAAAAUGGUCAAUAAAUGGUGAAAAUGUAAAAACUAUUAAAGUUUCAGAAACUAUAAGUCCAUUAAAUCAACAAGUUGGUCUAGCUUUAGCUAAAGAUUUUAUUAUAUCACUUUCUGUAAAUGGAUCAUUAAAUUAUUUUAACUAUGACGGAGAACUAGUCAAAAUUGUUUCUGGUCACCAAUCAUCAAUUACUAAAAUAGAAAUAAAUAAUAAUAAAUUGAUAAGUGGUGAUUCAAAUGGGAAAUUAUAUGAAUGGGAAAUAAAAGAUGAAAAAUUGAACAGUAUUCCAAUUUUAAAAGGUGAACAUAAAAAUUACAUAUCUGAUAUUUUAACAAUUGGAUAUAUAACAUAUACUAUUGGAUGGGAUGAUGUUUUAAAAUCAUGGAAAAACAAUGAACUUAUACAAUCUAUCACUCUUAAUGCACAACCAAAACAAAUCAUAUCAUAUGAGGAUAAAUUAAUCAUAUUAUUUGAAUCUAAAAUUGAAUUAUAUUCAAAUGAUUUAAAAUUAUUAACAGAUUAUAAAUUCCCUUUUAGUAGCACAAAUAUUGCAUUAUUAAAUAAUUCAUUAUUAAUUACAAAUAAUUCUCAAAAUACAAUUGAAGAAUUUAAAAUAGUCGAAAAUGAAAUAACCUUUACAAAAUCAUUUCCAAAAAUGCGUUCACCUCCAACUUUAAUCCGAGUUUCUCCAAACAUGGAAUAUUUUGCAGUUGGUGAUUCAACUGGGAAAUAUACGUUAUAUAAUCAGAAUGGUGAUGUUAUAACUACAAGAUGGGCAUUUCAUACAAGUAAAAUAUUUGAUGCUAAAUGGGCCAAAGAUUCAAAAUAUUUAAUUAGUGGUGGUUUAGAUGAUGGUUUAUUUUUAUAUUCUGUUGAUAAACCUUCAAAAGUUGUUAAAUUUCCAUUGGCUCAUUCAGGUACUGGUAUAAGUGGAAUCGAAUGGAUUGGGGAUAAUAAAUUUAUUACUUCUGGUUUAGAUGGAACAAUUAGAACGUGGGAAUUGGCGUGA